AUGGCCGACAGGGACUCACUGUUGCCGCAGGCUCCACCAAUAAAGUCAGUGCAAAGAAGCACACUCGACCCAGGUGAGGCCGACCACAGCCAGCCAAACAUCAACUACAGUGUCAACGAAGACCACUCCGAGGACACGGUUAAGCAAACUGAAUACAAAACUUACAAGGGACGAUGGUAUAUACUGGCGGUCUUUUCUCUACUGGGUUGUCUGCAGGCUUGUUCAUGGAAUACAUGGGGCCCUAUUGCAGACACAGCUAAAGUUGUUCUCGAUUGGGACAACGGUGACAUCGCACUGCUGAGCAACUGGGGCCCAAUCGCCUUCGUCUUGGCGGGUUUUUAUGUGUCCUAUCUGCUUCUAGUCAAAGGUCUUCGCUUCACUGUCUUGGGGAGCUCCUUGAUUCUUCUACUCGGAGUGUGUAUAAGAUGCCUUCCGGUCGGUAUCGACAACAUCAAAUGGACAAUGAACAUCGGUCAUGUUGGUAUUGGUCUGGCUGGACCAGUCUUAAUGGCUGCACCGACCGCUGUAUCAUCUGUCUGGUUCCCGCCUCAUCAGAGGACAACAUCCACGGCUAUAUCGGUGUCAGCAGUAGCCUUAGGUAUUGGCGCAUCGUUUCUGAUCGGUCCGUAUUUCGUCACAAGUGUGCCAGAAAAUACAAGCUCUGCCAAUCUGGAUCCUGCCAAGCGUAAACAAUAUUUUAGUGAGAUUAUGACACUUAUGUAUGUAGAAUGUGGGGCUACUGCCAUUGUAGUUAUUGCUGCCCUGUUAUAUUUUCCAAAUAAACCACCAACAUCGCCGAGCGUUACGGCCUCCAAACCCCGGGAGAGUUUUAAGGAAGGAGCAAUCAAGAUGAUCAAAAGUGGGAAUUUCUGGAUACCAGCGUUUGCAUAUAGUUUGACGACGGGAGUAUACAGCGGCUGGACAACGCAAAUGCCCAUCAUAUUGAGCCAGACGCUUGAUGUUGGACAGAAUGUUGCUGGCUGGAUUGGAUUUAUCUCGAAUGUCGCUAUUAUAAUAACAAGCCCGAUGGCCGCCAGGUUUGUGGACCUAAUAGGAGGCAGGAUGAAAGCUGUACUCCUUGUAUUUCUCGUUGGAUCGUGUUUGAGCUGUGUGUGGGUUGCACUCCUAACAAUGGAGUACAUCACUUACAAUGUCGUGAGUCUAUACAUUGCCUGUAUAGCAACCGGACUUUGUGUGAAUUCACCGGUACCAAUCUACUUCGAGCUGACGGCAGAGGGCGUGUACCCGGUAUCAGAGGCUAACAGCACUAUGGUGAUGGCGUUUAUGAAUAACGUUGCAUGCCUCAUCUUUCUGCUGAUUUUUAUGAUUCCAAAUAUAGGUGUGACGUGGAUGACAUGGUGUCUACUGGGCUCAGUUGCUAUCUGUAUACCAUUGCUUCUCAUGUACAAGGAACGCUAUAAUCGCCUGGAUUUGGACACGACAAAAGAUACUCGUCAUGUCGACGCCUAGUAAAAACCUUUACUUGCAGCCCGCCUUGUAACAUGAACAUCUUACAACACCUUCAAGGCUUGUGAGUUAAGCUUAGCCCGCGGAGAGUGGCCUCAAGCCAACUGCCGAGGCAUCUCCGUCCAUGACCGCCUUUCACCUACAUCCUACAUUCAUACGGAGACAAUCAAAAGUACAGCUGCCAACUGCACUUUGGCCCAAUCAAAUCUACCGGUCUAGCUGCUUUUGUCCACGGCCUGGAUUUGCAGAGUUCAUUUGGUUUUACCGUAGUCAGCGAUAUUAUCCCAACACGAUGUGUCCGCAACACAAAUUACUGGGGUAGAGAUAUUAUCACUUUAACAAAACUGUUUUGAAUCAGAUAUUUACCCGGUAGACUCGCAAUUGCCAAGU